UACAUCUGUUAAAGACAUAGGAAAGGAAUAAUCAAUGUCGUCGUCGAUCAGCAUGAAGAUUUUAAUUAGCUUGAAACUUGUAAUCGGCUUGUUAUUAUCUACUGUUGGCAUCUUCCAUUGCCAAGCUUCGCCUCCUCGCUACGCUUUUGUGGUGGAAGAAACUCCAUACAAACGACUGUGUAGCACAAAGAACAUCUUGACUGUAAACGGUCAGUUUCCCGGACCAACGUUGUAUGUUCAUGCUGGAGAUACUAUCGUAGUGGAUAUCUAUAACAAGGGCAAUCGUAACAUUACCAUCCACUGGCAUGGAGUUAAGCAACUGAGGAAUCCAUGGUCAGACGGUCCUGAUUACAUCACGCAAUGUCCUAUCCAACCAGGAGCCAAGUUUACCCAAACCAUUAUAUUUUCCUCAGAGGAAGGGACUCUAUGGUGGCAUGCCCACAUCGAGUGGGAUCGAGCCACCGUCCACGGUGCUAUAGUCAUAUACCCCAAGAAGGGAGCCACUUACCCUUUUCCCAAACCUCACGCUGAAUUUCCAAUCAUCUUGGGAGAGUGGUGGAAGGAAGAUAUCGGACAACUUUACAAUGAAACCAUUCAAAGCGGAGGAGACGCUAAUACUUCAAAUGCUUUCCUCAUCAAUGGUCAACCCGGCGAUCUCUAUCCUUGCUCAAAACCAGACACAUUUAAGCUCAAAGUUGAUUCCGGCAAAACCUACCUGCUCAGACUAAUCAACUCCGCCGUGCAAGUGAUGUUGUUUUUCGCCAUUGCCAAUCACAACGUCAUAGUUGUAGGCUCAGAUGCUAGCUACACCAAGCCAUUUUCAACAGAUUAUGUGACCAUAUCUCCCGGUCAAACCAUUGACCUCUUGUUAAAUGCCGACCAAAUCCCCAACAACUACUACAUUGCUGCUAAAGCCUACGUUGGCGGGGCUGGGGUUCCCUACGAAAACACUACCGCCACUGCCAUACUCCAAUACCACGGAAAUUUUAAUUCAUCUCCUACUUCUUUGCCUAAUAUUCCUUCCCAUAACAACACCAACGCAUCGGUUCACUUUACUAGUAAACUCAAAAGCUUGGCUGAUAAAAACCACCCCGUUGACGUGCCACGCAAGAUAACAACUCAUUUGUUCUUUACAAUCUCCGUCAACUUACUACCCUGCCCGAAUAAUUCAUGUGCUGGGCCUAAUGGGACUCGUUUUGCCGCCAGUGUCAACAACAUUAGCUUUGUCAACCCCACCAUUGACAUAUUGCAAGCUUACUAUUACCAUUUCAAUGGGGUAUUUGGAACUCGCUUUCCAAAUUUCCCGCCAUUGUUAUUUAAUUUUACAGCUCAGGACUUGCCGUUGUACCUACUCCCGACGAAGCGAGCAACAGAGGUGAAGAUACUGGAGUACAACUCAACGGUGGAGAUUGUGUUUCAGGGGACAAAUAUAGUGGCAGGAGAUGACCAUCCGAUGCAUCUCCAUGGAUUCAGUUUCUACGUUGUGGGAUGGGGGUUUGGGAAUUUUGACAAGGACAAGGACCCUUUGACGUAUAAUCUUGUCGAUCCUCCUCUUCAGAACACCAUUGCUGUCCCUGUAAAUGGUUGGACUACCAUUAGAUUCAAGGCAUACAAUCCUGGCGUUUGGUUUAUGCACUGUCAUAUCGAUCGGCAUAUGUCAUGGGGCAUGGACGUGACAUUCAUAGUGAAAAAUGGAAAGGGCCUAGGAGCGCAAAUUUUACCUCCGCCACAAGGAAUGCCUCCGUGCUAACAAUUUUUAUAAAGCUUUCGAGCUGGUUCAAUGUUCAUGGCAAUAAAUUGGGACAGCAUGUAGUUAGUCCUUUCUAUUCGGGAUAUGUAUGUCCGUAAAAUUUAACAGGUUUUGUAUUGUUGGCUAUUUGGUGGCGAUGGACGACUCAAGAACAAGAGGAAAAGUUUCCAUCGAAGAAAUAUGAUGAUCAAUGCACUUUGUAUUCGUACUAAAAUUAAAAUUUAUUUGUCCUUUUUAUUAACAACAGAGAUGAACUCCAUAGAAAUCAAGAAAGAUACUGGAAGAGGAAGCUUGAAGAAGAAGCCAAAAAGGGAAAACUCUCUUUAUGUUUCACUUAAUAUUUCUGAUAUUACAACAUACUAAAAUAUUAAUGAAGG